AUGACUGCUGUGAUGGGCCAUGGAGGUGACAUUGGUGACGAGCAACCACAUCCGUUCGGCGGAGCUUUUGGUGAUCACCAGAACGAUUCGGUGCCUCCGAAACAAAGAGGCAUGACGAUAAAUAAAAAAAUGCACAGACUAUUUAAAGCUAACGGUGAACGGCCUCUUAAGAUAUUAUUCGACAUAAAUACUAACAUGCCGAUUGGGGACGUAUACGGAUGUUUCAUUCGGGAGGUUGGGAGCUAUAUGUGGCGGGACAUCAGUUUUGAUAAAGACACAUUGACAGACGAAUCUGAAGUUGAAAGGAGAUGGUUUGAUUUUGGCGGGAUUACAAAUCAUCCCAUGGCUCUACCUUAUUGGAUGUCACUGAACAAUCAGAUAUGUGCACGGUAUAGAGGCCGCGAAAAUAUUGCAAAAAGUAGUUUGAUUGAUUUUGCAGAGGGGAUGUGGAGGCAGCAAGGGCUCGAGCCCCUACGGGAUGUUGAUGUGAAUGUUUUUCUUCAAAACCCGACAUUUGUGAUAGCCAUUGGAGACAUUAUCCGCUCCUUUAAAAACAAAGUCAACAACAACGAGGUUAACAAUGAUGGGGAAGACGAAGACGAAGACACAUAG